AUGUUUAAAAACUUACCAAGACAUAUUGUUUUGGAUAUCUUAUAAUACUUGAGUAUUUAAAACAUUUUGAGAAUGAGAAGAGUCAGUAGAUAAUUAUGGAUGAUAAUAUAAGCUCAUUAUCAAAUGAGUUUAUUUUAAUGUAGUUCUUAGAUUGAUUUAUCAAAAUACAAGGUUAAAGGAGUAAUGUUAUAAAUUGUGGCUAAGGAUUCAGGAGUAAGUAAACAUAAACUAAUGCAAAACUAUUUGAUGAAAUUGCAUACUGGAAGAAUAGAAUUNGAAUCUUAAGUAACACUGUUUAAGAUCUAGAAUUAACUACCAAAUAUUAAGGAUAUUAAAGAUAUGGUUAUUACAAUCUUAGAUGAUUAUAGAUAAUUUUCAGAUGCAAAAAUAAUUUAGAUGUUUGGUGUCAAAAUAAAAUUAAAAAAUAAUGAUGAUGUUUUACCUUUUGAAUUGAAAAGAUUCCAAGAUUUCUUGGAGUAAAAUUAAAGAAAUUUAAAAUAGAGAUAAUCUUUUUAUUUAAUUAUUUUUGUUUAUAAUAUUGGAGCUAUUGAAAUCAUAAGAAAAAAGACUCAAAUAGAAUUGAAUUACAUAUGUAGAGCUUUAUCUAUCAGAUCUUUUCUUUUGACAAAGAAUUUAUUCAUUUAUUAAUAGAUUCAAUUGUAAUUGAAUAUUAGUUUUGCAUUAAAUUAAUACAAAUAAUCUUAACAGGCUACUUAAUUAAUAACAGUUCCAAUAUAAAUGUUAGAAACAUUAUAUUAAGAUAGCAAAACUCAUUACUUUUUAAUAAAGAAUAGAAUUAUUUUAUCAUUAAUUGAAUAUUCAAUUAAUAAUUACUAAAAGGCUUUGAUUCCAUAUCCAAAGGAGAUUCCAUCUUAUUAAAUUCAUUAUCAUUUACUUUUUGAAUAUAAAUUCUUUGCCUAUGUUUUUGAACUUUUAGGAAAGUAUACUAAUGAUUUCAUACAAUUUUAAUUAGAACUACAUCAUAAUAAGAAUGUUUAUAAUACUAUAAUAGAAUUUAUGAUGAAUACAAAGGAAUGAAUCCUAAAGUAUUUAAAUAAAUUGAAAUAAAAAUAAGAAUUAUUAGCAUAAUUAUAAUAGAAGACUUCAAGAUAGAAUAUACAAUAGAAAAAGGAAAAUUAAAAAACAGUAAACAAUAUACGAAGAAUAGAAAUAAAUAAAUAGUUAAAGAGAGUAAGAAGAGAAUUAAAUUGUAUUUUAUUAAUCUUGAGAUGAUGAUUCAUUCAAUGUAGCUAUGAAUUUAAGAGAAGAAUAAGAGUAAUAUUAAUAAAUAAAUGUAUUAGUUGUUUGGAGAUAAUAAUUUAUUCUUUGAGAUAGGAUUUACAAAAAAAUUGUACAUUUCACUAUUAGAUUUAGGAGGAGAUUAUAAAGAUAUAUUGACUUAUUAAAAUAUAUUCAAUCAAAUUUAAGUUAUAGAUUUAGAGAGGGGAUAAUUUGAUUUAAUCAAUUAGAAAUGGUAUGAAACAAUAAAUGGUUGUAUGUAUAGAAUAGCUAAUUGA